AUGCUAGAUUCAUCAAAAAAUAACGAGAAAAAGGAACCAUACAUGGACCUUGACAGCGUUGAUGUUAGUGAAUACAACAAUGUUAUAAAUAAUUCCUAUAGUUCAGAAGAAGAUGACGAUGAUCUGUCAUCUGACGAUUAUAAUGAAGAUGAGACAUUGCUUAAAAGUAAUUAUAAUAAAAGUUCCUUUUGUAAUAAUAACCAAGUUCAAAAGAUAAAAAAUGACUUUGCUAAUAGGAAGUCUCAUUUGGAUUUCCCCAACUGUAGUAGCAUCAACAAUAACCGUAAUAAUAAAUCUGACAAUGUAAAUAAUAACAAUAACAAUAAUGAUGAUGGAAAAGAUGGUAACAAUGUGACGAAUUCAGACAAGGGUUUUGUAAAGAGUCCAAGUAGUGUCGGAGGACUCAACGAGGAAGGUUGUGACCGGGAGCUAAAAAAGUGUAAAGAGGAAAAUGGUGCAGAUACGAAUGGAAAAAGUAAUAGUAAACAAAAUUUCCAUUCUUACAUAUAUGUUAGAGUAAAAACGAAUGACUGUAAUAAUAACAUUUUUAAAUGCAAGAUAGAGAAAAAUAUUACAAUAAAAAAAUUAAAGAAAGGCUUGAAAAAAUUAUUAAACAACAAUGAAGAUGAAUAUAGAAUCAUAUAUAGGGGUAGAUUGUUAAAAGAUGUAGAAGUCUUGUCCAAAUAUAACAUUAAAUUUAAUGAUAUCCUUUAUGCAAUAAGGAUUAACAAAAAAAAAAAUGGAAAUGACGCAACACUAGAUUCAGGAAUUACUAGUUCGCAGUUAAGUACAAUAGGAGAGGAGUAUAACGAUUUUGGAAGAUUUUCACAGAAUGAUAAUAUAUCCAAAUUAAUUUCGUCUAUGUUUGAUAAUAGUGAUUUUCUCAAAUCAAUAAUGGAUUCAAAUAAACAACUACAAAAGUUAAGAGAGAAAAAUUCAGAAAUACAUCACAUGUUGAACGAUUCUCAAUCCUUGAAGCAGUCAUUUGAAAUGAUUAAAAAUCCUUCAUUAAUGAAAGAAUUAAUGAGGAAUACAGAUCGAGCUAUAAGCAAUAUUGAAGCCAUUCCAGGAGGAUUUAACACUCUAAGGCGAAUGUAUCAUAAUAUACAGGAACCAAUGUAUGCAGCUAGUGAAUUAUCAAAUGAAAACAAAAAAAAUAAAGUUAAGCAUUACGAUUUAAAAGCAUCAUCCCCUCCAACAAGUGAAGCUUUUCCGAAUCCAUGGGCAUCUAAAGACAUGAAUUCAAAAAAUAAAAACAAUCCCAACGAUUUAGAUAAAUAUCUUCGUAUGAACAAUAAUUUUUUUAAUAACAGUAGUGAUCUUUUUAAAACGAGUAAAAAAAAUGCGGGUAUGGGUUUAGGUAAUAAUAAUAACCUUUUUAAGACUAACAUUUUGGAUCUACUCCAAAAUUACCAAAUGCCUUCAAACCAGUUGGGUGGUAGUACCACAAGGUCUGAAGGAGCAGCAUUUCAAACUCGCAAUAAGGGUGGGAGCAACGGUCAAAGUGGAAUAGAUAAUUCCAGUGAUGUUGGCAGUGCUAGCAAUAUUGGAGAUAUGCACAAUAUGAACAUGCUUAAUAACGGGUUGUUUAAUAAUCGGAUUCGAAAUAAUGACCUCCUGAACAGCGCUCAGAUGAACAACAGACAGAUGUAUCAUGGGUUACUAAAUAGUGGCUUGUUCAACAAUGGAUUGUUCAACAACGGUUUAUUUAACAACGGUUUAUUUAACAACGGUUUAUUUAACAACGGAUUGUUUAACAACGGAUUGUUAAAUAAUGGACUUUCCAAUAAUGAGAUUAAAAUGGGACAAACUACCAAUAAUGUAUCCUCCAUUAAUGGCCCCCCAAAUAACGGACUUCCCAUGAAUAGUAUGCUGAAUAAUCAGCUGCAAAACGAUAAGCUACACUUUGGAGGAAAUUCAACGAACAAUUUGAUUAAUCAAUAUGCAGAUAUUCAAAAAAAUAAUGGGAAUUCAGAAGUGACAAAUUCGAUAAACCAAAUAAUGUUAAAUUUAAAAGAUGAAAUGCGUAACAACAAGAAUUGGAACCCCAACACAAAUUUACCCUUCAUCUUUAGUGCAAACAAUAAUACAAGCUAUUCGAAAAAUAAUAGUGCAUAUCAUAAUAAUGAACAGAAAGGGAGUACUACUAAUGGAAAUAAGACUCCUCAAAACAGUGGCCUCGUAGAAAGGAAAAUAGAUUCAGUUCCAAAUUCACAAGAUAAAAUUCCUUCAGCUAAUCAAUUGAAUGUAAGUGAUGUCAAAGCGAAUCAUAAUAAUAACGAUGAUGGUGAUAAUAAUAAUUUUAAUGAGAGCUAUUUAAAUAACCACUCCAUUAGUGGGAAUUACACGAAGGGUGAAAAAUUAUUAAAAAUAAAUACACCUGAUGUGUUAACAAGUAGUGUAACUGAACGAGGAGAAAAUAUUCUCUCAAAUUCUAUGUUGCAAAAUAUUCAAUCUCCUGAUAACAUUUUGAAUAACAAUCCAAUUACUUCAUCCCAAUUAAACAUAUCAAAAAACGAAGAUAACAAGCCCUCCCUGAAAGGCACAUCUGAGAGGACAAAUUUAACAACUACUAGAAGUAAUAACAACCAUAGUGAGAAUGAAUAUUUUUGCACAAUAUAUGCGGAUCAGUUGAAUUCAUUAAAAGGAAUGGGUUUUACAGAUGAUAAUAAAUGUAUAAAGGCGUUAGUUAAUACCAAAGGAAAUAUAGAAAGAGCCAUUGAUUUUUUGCUGGCUGAUAUGAAUACAGAUGAAAAUUGA